UUUUCCGAUAACGUAGUUGGGUUAUAUUCAUACAUGGAGGACUGCUAAUUUGUCUGUUAAUUUAGGUGCUGAUCGAUUAUGGCGACGGGAAGUGGAAGCGCGCAUUUGGGAGCUUAACUUUCCUGGAAAUUUCUGUUUGGUUGAAAUUUGGAAACCUUGCGGGAGAUUCAAGGGUUUUUCUUGUUAGGGUUUCUUAGCCUUCAAUUCUUGCGACAAACGUCGAUGUCAUUCCAAUUCGGUAAACCCUAUCGAGGGUUUUCUUUUUCGAGGAUGUAACAGUUUCUUUAGGUUAAAUAAACCCUGUGAAGCCUGCGGCGGAGGAUUGAGCUUUUGAUUCUGAAUUUUUGUUCGAUUUCGUGUUGCCCCAAAGUGGAUUCAUUCUGGGGAUUUGAAUUUGGUACUUUAUGGUUUGCGAUUGGGAGUCUUAAGAUUCGGGAUGAUGGACGAAGCUCAGGGCAGUUCCAAUUCGUUGCCUCCUUUCCUGACGAAGACUUACGAGAUGGUCGAUGAUCCUUCCACGGACCCAGUUGUAUCUUGGACUCCGGGUAAUAAGAGCUUUAUUGUGUGGCAACCACUGGAGUUUUCGACUGAUCUGCUGCCGAAAUUCUUCAAGCAUAACAACUUCUCAAGCUUCAUUAGACAGCUUAAUACAUAUGGUUUUAAGAAAGUGGAUCCAGAGAGAUGGGAAUUUGCAAAUGAGGAUUUUGAGAAAGGUCGGCCAGACCUUUUGCGGAACAUUCACAGGCGAAAACCAGUUCAUAGCCAUUCGUUGCAGAAUGUUCAAGGACAAGGAUGUUCAUCUCCAUUGUUGGAUCUUGAAAGGAAGAGAUUCGAGGAAGAGGUUGAGAGGCUUAAGAACACUAAUGAAAAGCUUCUUCUUGAGUCGCAGAAACACGAACAAGAGAAUCGUGAAUUACAGUUGCAAAUGCAAUUGAUGAAGGAUCGGUUUCAAUGUAUUCAGCAACAGCAGCAAAUGUUGCUUUCUAUUGUUGCGCAUGCUUUGCAGAAACCAGAAUUAACGAUUUAUUUUGUGCCAGAAUCACAAUCUCAUGAGAGAAAGAGGAGGUUGGCUACAGUCGCUUACUAUUACAAUGAAUCCAGUGCUGAGGAUGAUCCGGCAGAGCAUGCCCAUUCAGUGUCAAAGAAGCAUAUGGAUUACUCUUCUACCUCGGAUCUAAACAUGGAGCAGCUCGACCAGUUAGAGUCAUCCCUAACAUUUUGGGAGAGGACCAUUCACGAUGUUGAUCAAACUAUCAUUCUACCCAAUCUGAAGUCCAACCAAACGAAAAGUGACAUCCAAAGCCCACAUAUUUCUUCUGUACAACUAAAUAGGAAUUAUCAGUCCGAGUCACAUGUUAUCGACAUGAAUUCAGAGCCUGUUGGAAGUAUUGCUUCUGAUCCCAUUGUGUCAAGAAAAGAUGCUGAUGAAACCACUGCGAUUGUGCGUAAUGGGGCCAAUGAUGUGUUUUGGGAACAGUUUUUGACUGAGAAUCCUGGUUCAUCUGAUCCUCCAAAAGUUGCACCAGAAGGCAAGGAUUCUGAUAAUAGUAAAAAGAAUGCGAAUAAAUCUAUAAGCUUUGGAAAACUUUGGUGGACUGGGAACAAGAUAAAUAACCUCGCAGAACAGAUGGAACAUCUUACUCCAACUGAGAAAACGUGACAUUAAUUGAUCUUUUUUAAGUGAUGAUGCCCUUGUUGCCCUGCCCAUGUGUAAUAAAUUUAGGUACAAACGAAAUCGAUAGAUUGUGCAGCUGUAAAGAGAUUAGUUUCUUCCAUUUUCCUAUAAGCAUGAUUGUAGGGAUUUCUGGCUCAUAAAUGUCCUUUCUUUCCACCAUUUGAUUGUGAAUAGCAGCCAACUAUACAUCAGCUUAUGUCUAAUUCGUUCUCCUUGACUUAUCCUCAAUGUGAGGUUAUCUGAUAUCUACAAUAGAACAGACAUGAUGCAUCAGAUAGAUGAACGAAAGAAAUGUAAUUGUGGAAGCUCCGUGUCCAACUUUCAAGUUUUAGUACUAAAAACCUACUCUCAAUUUUCUUUUCCUCAUCUUUGUUCAUUGCAAUUAGCUUCUUGUCAUUUUCUUUUGGUGAUGAUCAAGCUAUUUCUUGUUGGAUUCAUCUAGGCAUGCAUUCAUAAUGCUAGGUUCCUUGCAUCUUACCAUGCUAAGAUAGGAGGUUCUUAUGUUGUAUUCAGAGGGCCAUGGUCGUGUGAUAUUUUGGUCUGCAUCUCUCUUUCUAUUCAACUGCUAGUAAAUUUGUUUAUGUUUCUUCGUAUACCAAUGUAAAGCUUGAUACUUGAGUGUUAAAGUUGGAGUUGCUGCCUUUGAUAGCCAACCGGAUAAUGCUGGAAACUCAAUAUUCCAAGGUCUUCCGUAACAAGAGUUGCCUUCACAACUUUAUUUUCAUUCUACGUUAUGCUGUUUCAAAUUGAUGCUGAAACUGAAAGGAUAUAAUUUUUGGAGGUUCUUAUUGUGGAUUUAUCACUUUUGUAUAGGCUUACUUAUCCUUAAUAUUCAGCAGGCGUGGUUUUCAAAUCUCCAUGUUAAAAUACUGUGACUGUCAAUUAACUGGUUGAGACUUGGCCAAGGAAACAUCAUGAUUGCUGA